AUGAAGCCAGAAAAUCAAGAGAUCGAGAACGUGGAGGGAGCUCAUGAUGCUUAUGAUGAAGGACCCCUGAAGAAUCAUACCGAUUACUCUCGAGUCGACAAGGAGAUUGCCAAGUACGCCACCGACGGCGCCAUCGAGAUCGACGAAGCCACCAACAAGCGCCUCAAGAAGAUGAUAGAUAGGCGCGUUUUGGUGGUGAUGAUGUUUACCUAUCUUCUGCAGACGCUGGAUAAAGGUGCAUUGUCUUUUGCUUCGAUUAUGGGGAUUCAGACCGAUGCACAUCUCAUGAACAACCAGUAUUCUUGGUUGACUACGAUCGUGUAUAUUGCCAUCCUUGUUGUCGAAUACCCGGAAAAUUGGAUUAUUCAACGCGUGCCUAUUGGAAAAUGGCUUUCGAUCAACGUUUUGCUAUGGGGAAUUUGCAUCUGUCUGAUUGCUGCGAUGAACACAUUCGAGGGACUGAUUGCUCUGCGUGCAUUCAUGGGUGUUUUCGAGGCAGCCUGUCAACCGACCUUCAUUGUCCUGUCAGCGACGUGGUACAAGAGGGAAGAACAGGCUAGCACAAUCAACUUUUGGUAUAUGAUGAAUGGCCUUCAAAAUAUCAUCGGCGGUCUCCUGGCUUUUGGAUUCUCAUAUGUACCUGCCAGCUCCCCAAUCAAAUCGUGGCAAGCCCUUUUCAUGAGCUAUGGAAUCAUCACCGUCCUAUGGGCAAUCUUCGUUUUCUUUUGGUUGCCCGACUCGAUCAUGCGCGCCAAAUGUUGGACCGAGGAAGAUAAACAACUGAUGGUGGAGAGAGUGCGACAGAACCAAACUGGUCUGCAGAACCGACAAUUCAGAUGGGAGCAAGUGCGAGACGCCUUUACCGACCCACAGCUUUACGCCUUUGCUCUUAUCCAACUCUUGACUACCAUUCCAUCCGGUGGAAUCGGUGCCUUCGCCAACAUCAUCGUUAGCUCUUUCGGGUUCAGCACUUGGGCAAGCCAGCUACUACUGAUGGUUGUCGGUGCCGUCACAGCAAUUACAAUGAUAUCUUCUGCAUAUCUGGAUCGCUACUUCAAGCAAACCAUAAUCAUCAUGAUUCUGUCCUUGAUACCCUGUCUCAUCGGCACAUCAAUCCUAGUCGGGAUCCCAUUCUCCUCCAGCAAGAAAGUCGGCAUGCUCAUUGCAUACUUCAUUUUCUACUCUUUCUUUGCCGUUUCAUCCCUGUCGCUUAGUUUGGUAUCUCGAAAUGUUGCCGGACAAACAAAGAAGUCCAUCGUCAUCGCCUGUAACUUUGUUUUCUGGGCUGGCGGAAACGCCAUUGGUCCGCAGAUCUUCCGCGAUAAAGAUGCGCCGCGCUACUACCUUGCUUUUGCGAUUAUUAUUGGAUGCUUCGGGCUUUGUGCUCUUAUUCUGGUCGCGCUACGGACGUAUUAUGUUUAUCAGAACAAGAAGCGAGAUGCUAAGAUUGCAUCUGGGGAGGUUGUCCCUGAUGUCAACUUUACGCAUGCUUUCGAGGAUAUUACCGAUCGGGAGAACCCUCACUUCAGAUAUAUUUACUGA